AGGUGUGGACAUGACAGCCAACUGGGUCUUUUAAUGAGCUACUCACUUGAAAAUUGUCUUUCUGCAGGUGAUGUAUCACCAAUCAGUAUGUCUCCCAUCAGUCAGUCUCAGUUUAUUCCACUUGGAGAAAUCCUUUGCUUGGCCAUCUCAGCAAUGAACUCUGCAAGAAAACCUGUCACCCAGGAAGCACUGAUGGAGCACCUGACAACAUGUUUCCCAGGUGUUCCAACCCCAAGCCAAGAAAUUCUGCGGCACACGCUGAACACACUGGUACGGGAGAGGAAGAUCUAUCCAACUCCAGAUGGCUACUUCAUUGUGACCCCACAGACUUACUUCAUAACUCCUUCCCUCAUAAGAACUAACAGUAAAUGGUACCAUUUGGACGAGAGGAUACCUGACCGGUCUCAGUGUACCUCUCCACAGCCCGGAACCAUGACGCCCUCUGCCUCAGGCUGUGUCCGGGAAAGGACACUGCCCAGAAACCACUGCGACUCUUGCCACUGCUGCCGAGAAGACCUGCACAACAUGCAUGCGUCGACCCUGCAGAGGAAGUCUGCCAAGGACUGCAAGGACCCUUACUGCCCCCCUUCUCUGUGCCAGGUGCCACCCACUGAAAAGAGCAAAAGUACUGUCAAUUUUUCCUAUAAGACAGAAACUCUCUCCAAACCUAAAGAUAGCGAGAAGCAGUCCAAAAAAUUUGGGCUCAAGCUAUUCCGGCUCAGUUUUAAAAAAGACAAGACCAAACAGCUGGCCAAUUUUUCUGCCCAGUUUCCUCCUGAAGAGUGGCCCCUGAGAGAUGAGGACACGCCAACCACGAUCCCUCGGGAAGUGGAGAUGGAAAUUAUUAGGCGGAUCAACCCAGACUUGACCGUGGAAAACGUCAUGCGACACACUGCACUAAUGAAGAAGCUUGAGGAAGAAAAGGCCCAGCGAAGUAAAGCUGGGUCGUCCGCCCAUCACAGCGGAAGAAGUAAAAAGAGUCGGACGCAUCGGAAGUCCCACGGAAAGUCUCGGUCUCACAGCAAGACCCGAGUGUCCAAGGGAGACCCUUCCGAUGGUUCCCACCUGGAUAUCCCCGGUGAAAGAGAGUAUGACUUCUGUGACCCUCUCACCAGGGCCCCCAGGGAAGGCUGCUUCAUCAUCGAGCACAAGGGAGAUAACUUUAUCAUGCACAGCAGCACAAACGUGAUUGAGUCCCAUUUCCCCAUGACGCCAGAAUGGGAUGUGUCUGGAGAACUGGCCAAAAGGAGAACUGAGAUGCCUUUUCCUGAACCUUCCCGGGGAAGCUCCCACUCAAAAGUUCACCGGAGCCACAGCCAUACCCAGGACCGAAGGUCCAGGAAUGAGAGAUCCAACAAAGCCAAGGAAAGAUCUAGAUCGAUGGAUAAUUCCAAAGGCCCUCUGGGAGCGUCUUCUCUGGGGACCCCUGAAGACCUUGCCGAAGGCUGCAGCCAAGACGACCAGGCCCCCAGCCAAUCCUACAUCGAUGACAGUACUUUGAGGCCUGCGCAGACGGUUGGUCAUCAGAGGGCUCACAUUUCGUCCACCAGCUAUAAAGAAGUGUGUAUCCCAGAAAUCAUCAGUGGCGGCAAGGAGCCUUCCAGUGCUUGUAGCCUUCUGGAGCCAGGCAAACCCCCCGAGAGUUUGCCCUCCUAUGGUGAACUCAACUCUUGUCCAACAAAAGCAGCCACAGACGAUUAUUUCCAGUGCAACACCUCUAGUGAGACAGUGCUCACGGCGCCCUCUCCUCUGGGAAAGAACAAGGAGGACCACGACACUCUGACCCUGGCAGAAGGGGUGAAAAAGCUGUCCCCGUCCGAUAGGCAGGCCCCCCAUUCCUCCAGGGAGCCUGUAGGGCACAAGGAGGAGUCCCCCAAAGGGCCAGGUGGGGGCCCAGCCGCCUCGGGCAGCGCGGCUGAGGGGAUGGCCAACGGACGCCUCAUCCAGCACCACGGCGCCGAGCCCAGCAGCUUGGACAAGAGGAAAGAGAUAUUCAGCAAAGACACACUGUUCAAACCUCUUCACAGCACCUUGUCUGUAAACAGUUAUCACAAAUCCAGCCUGUCCCUCCUCAAAUCUCACCCGAAGACACCUGCUGACGCACUGCCGGGCCGAUGUGAGAAACUGGAACCUUCCCUGGGGACCUCGGCAGCACAGGCUGUGCCGGCAUCCCAGCGUCAGCAGGAGUCAGGAGGGAACCAGGAAACCUCUUUUGACUAUUACAACGUCUCCGAUGAUGACGACUCUGAGGAAGGGGCAAACAAGAACACAGAGGAGGAGAAAAACAGAGAUGAUGUGGGUACCAUGCAGUGGCUCCUCGAGAGGGAGAAGGAAAGAGACUUGCAGAGGAAAUUUGAGAAGAACCUCACCCUUCUUGCCCCAAAAGAAACCGACAGCAGCAGCAACCAGAGAGCCACCCAUUCAGCCCGGCUCGACAGCAUGGACAGCAGCAGCAUCACGGUGGACAGUGGAUUCAACUCCCCACGCACUCGGGAGAGCCUGGCUUCCAACACAUCAAGCAUUGUUGAAAGUAACCGUCGACAGAACCCUGCUCUGAGCCCAGCCCAUGGCGGAGCUGGCCCAGCCUUCAGCUUCCGAGCGAGCACGGAUCCCCCGACAAAUGAAGCUGAGAAAUUACAGAAACCUUCCAGCUGCUUGCAAGCUUCUGUUACUAGUGUGUGAUAGUCAUUCUGCCUCAGAUCUUCUGUCUCAUUCGAUACAGCAAAGUUUACGACACUGGGACUGAUGUUUACAUCUUUGGAAAGACAAGCAUCUCAACCACAGUUUUUGUGUUUACUUAAACUGUGCUGCUAAGUAGGCUAGGGCAAAAAAAAAAAAACAAAAAUCUUUAUUUCAGAAUAUUGCUUUUCACAUUUAUGGCGCUGUAGCAACUGAAUAGCAGUAGGGGUGAUAUGUAUACUUUUGCUUCACUAAUUGUAUCUGAGCACACAUAGGAAAGUCUAGACACUGUAAGUGUAAUAUGCAUUUUCAAUGUCAUGCAGUUGCCAAUUCCAUUUUAAAAUGCCACAGAUGCGUGUUGCUCCCAGUCUGUGGUUAAAUGGUGCCACAGAACUGAUCCUUGACACUUCCAAAAAACAAAAAAAACGAAGCCACCACAAAAUGUCAAAUGCAAGGGUCCACCUUGAGGGAAAUUAAUGCCAAACUGACUAGAUGGGACCCCAACCCUUUGUGUGUGAAUUGCUUUUGCACCAGUCAUUUUUCACUGUGAGUUUUCGUGACACUAUUUUGCAGGAGCCCAUGGAAGUGUGUGAGAAGGGGUCGCAAUGGAGACACUGGGAGUGUUUGUUUUCAAGGUUUUGUGCUCGAGUAUAACAGAUGCUUGUCUGAUUUUUAACCUUCCAUAAUCACAAACAGGAAUAUAGGCCUUUGAAUCUGAAGCGGACACAGAAAGGGAAUUCCCGGUCUGCCUGGGGCACAGCACUAAGUGAUGGAAGAGGUAAGGUGGACGUUUAAAAGGUAUUAAUCGAAUAUUGAAGGAAGAUAAUUUCCUCCUUGUGAUACUUACGAUGAGCCUAUCUUACUAUAGUAGAUACAAUAAUUAGUUUGUUUAAAAGCAAAAUGUUCUUUGUGAUACAAAUGAAGAGUAUGGCCCGAGGAUGUUAUUCUUUCUAAUGGAAGGACAUAAAUCUAUUUUAUGUAGUUUUAAAUAGAAUGCCUAAAUUAGGCUGUGGGAGAUAAUUUUUAGUGGUUAUAGGAAAGAGCAAAUUUAGGGAGAGUUGAACUUCAGGCCUUUGAUUCCUGGGAAGAUGUCUAUAGAGAAAACUUAAAAAAUAAUUUUUGAUUAGAAAUAUACAUGUGCCCGUGUAAUGAACCAACAGAAUGUGUUCAUUCUGCUAGUGUGGUAUAAUCAUAAUUUGUAUUCCCCUAAAACUUAUCAGAAUAACAAUUAUGCAUACAUGAACUAUGCCAGAGUAAUGUUUACAAGAUACUUUGUAACCAAUUUCAGGAGGUGUUUUUUUUAGGUGGAUGUAUAGUUAUUAGCCCAACUUAUUUCAAAAUGGUUUGCUCACAUUUUGCUUUGUUUUACAAUGUCAUGUUGAAUACGAAGAUCCAGCAGCAAAGGGAUUACAGAUAAUUCUAUUUCAGUCAUAUAGGAAAGAGACAUUUCGGAGUUUCCAUGCUUUAUUUUCUGAGAACAGUGGAAUAGACCUGUAGAUAAUGGAAAAUUACUUGCAAAAGGGUUACAUAUGACACAAAUAAAUGGAUCUGACAUAAAGUUUUAUUUAGUUUAGCGGCAUCUGCUGUUUGGAGCCAUACACCAUAAAAAUAUAUACAUAUCCAAAAAUAAAUCUAAAAUAUUUUCUCCUCAGAUUUCAGUAAUUGGCAUAAAAUUUGUGAGACACGUCUGUUUCCUUAUUAGGGUUAAUCACUAGCAAUCUGUUUAAAGAGCACAGUCAUAUACAUAGUUGGAUGAAUUCUUGAAACAUUUGAAUUCUCCCUCAUGGUUUUUCAGUUAUUUGGAAGUUACAUUGGAUCAAACUGGACUCCUCACAUUUAGUCUGAGUUCCUUUUUGUGCUUAUCGUAGUGAAACUUCAACAUGUUUCUUGGUAAACUCCCACAUCAUUGAAAUGCUUAAGCCAGUUGGCUUUCAGUCUCAUGCCUUAUUUCCUCCAAGGCAUGCCUUGAUUGCUCAGAAAUCCAUUGUUUGUCUCAUUGCUUAAAUAUGUCCAGAAGGAAUGAUAAUGUAUCUAAUAGACUACAUAGUCUGUUUCCUUGGGGACUUGUAUACCAUACGGUUACUAAUUUUUUCCGUCUAAAUUCACUGUUUCUAAAACCCUGCUCUCAAAUUUUUCUUAUACCAUCAGUUCAAAAAUAAUAUAACCAUUGAAACAAUACAUAAAACCUCUAGCUGGUCCUCUGAAAGUAGCCAUUGAACUAAUUAAAUGCUGUGUGAACAGGAAAGGAAAGCAUUACCUUUAAGAGAAGCUUUAAAAUAAGAGUUUAUCGCUAUUUCGUGAGAAAUAGGUUUACAGAAGACAUUAUUCAAAUAAAAUGUGUACACUCUUUGCCUGAUGCUAUGAGGUACAUGAUUUAAAAAAAAAAAGACAAAAAACAAAAACAAAAAAACUCCCUUAGACCAGCAGCCAUUAGUGUAGAAAUGAUGGACUUUUAAGAUGAUGCUGUAGAAGCAGAAGUUCCGUGUAGAAAUGCUACUCCCGUGUGAGUCUAAUCAGGAUUCUCGAAUGGGGGAGACUGGUGGCCAGAAGCGCAUAGCAGAUGUCAUGCCAAGGUGGUCUCACCACGAGGGUGAGACUCACAACGCCCACACCCCGGGGCCUUCAAGCGUCGCCAAUUUCCUUUUCCUCCAUGAAAUCAUAGCUUUGUGUCCACGACUGCUUAUUCCAGUCUUAGAGUUUAUUGACUGAAAGGUUUACAAAACUGAAUUUGGUUGAAUCUCUGUUAAAGGGUCAACACAUCUGUCGGCAUUUUGCACACUUAUGUAUUAUUAUGAUACAGCAUAUUACUUUAUGGUAAUUUUUAUUUUUACAUAUAACUACCUCCAUAAAUUUGAUGAAAUGGCAGCCGUGUGUUCAAGCGUAUCGUUCAGAAAAGCAGAGUCUGAAACUUUCUUACACACGAGGCCAUGGCCUUCUCUGUGUGUGUGUCGGCGAUUGCCUAUGUGGACUCAUGACUGUCCCAUGGCCAUGGCUUCCUCCUGCAGCAUUAUUUGGCUUUCAGAUGUAAUCCUGUGUUCUCCUCUCCUCCCCACAAAAGCGCACUUGAUUUUGUUACGAGUCAACAGAAGUUCAAAAAUUGUAGUGCCCCCCCAUCUCACUUCCCAUUCCUGCUAGAAGUUCUCUGGUGAAGAGCCAGGCUGUAGACAUAAUUUAGUGAGCUGUUGACUCCUGAGAUCUCAUUUGAAGGAUAGGCUUUCUGUCACGGAAGACACACAGGAAAUUUGGACUGCCACCCUGAAGCACUUUGGGCCCCGCCUUCACUCGCAUGCUGCCACAUCGAGCCCAAACUUCACUUUAGUUGAAAGAGCUGUGCUGUGCAUUCCACAACUUCUGUUAAACCAUUUGUAUUCCAUUAUAUAUAUUUUGCACAUCUCAGGGGACCAUAAUGAGCAUAUGAAAUGGGGGGGUGCCAUCAGACAGAGAAAACAAGUAGAAGAGGUGAAAGGGGACAUGCAGGACAAAAACAACAAAUCACUGCUUCUCUGAUGUUGUGAAGCUCAAGUUCAGAAAGCUUCCAUUGAAAGUUAAUCUGGAGGAACAACGAUCUGAACACCAGCUGUUCCCAGAUCUCUCUUUUUCAUAACCCAACCAGCAUUUCUAAAGUGUAAAUUUAAAUUGCAUUGCAGUCACCAUGGGGAAAAGAAACCUGUGCAGUGGAAACGGAAGCAUCGUUCCUUUUUUAGGCUGGCGCAGCUUUGUGAAAUUCUACCCAGGAUAAACCACUAUCACCACCAAGUGUACUUGAAAAUAAAGUUUUUAACUUAAAUUAUAGGCAUAUUAUUCACAAUACAAUAGUGAUCAUUUUUUGAGAGUCUCACCAUUUAUAACAUGGGCAGUAUUCAGAGCUUGAUUUAAAAACCAACAAUUGAUAAUGACUUUGCCUAGUUUAUUUUGGGAUCUCAAAGUGCUUCCAAAGCAUUUAGAUUCGUAAACAAUUAACAAAGCAGGUCAUCUUUGUAAUACCCAUACUUGAAAUCAAUAAAAAGGAGUGACUUAAGAUUAUCCAGAAACAUAGUGGCAGCUAUCAAUGAUCUAUUUUCUAUCUGUUUGAUAGACCAUCCUGAGAAAUCACUAAAUACAAUGCUAUUUUUCUGAUGUGUGCUAAUAAAGUCAAAGAAAACAAAUACAACUUUACACUUUUGUCCAUUUUCAUUCAAAAAGUUCAGGGUGUUUGGAAUUUUACACCACAGCACACCUCACUGGUAUUGACAUGCGAAAUGAGAGCCUGACAAAUCCACCCAGAUGUCAUUGCAGUCAGAGGCAGAUCUGGAUAUACACACCCUUGUUUACAGUUUCAUGCUGGGUUUCUAGAAUUCCCGUGCUCAAUUGCCGUUUUUCAGGAAAAUGACUGCUCCUGGCAGUGGAAGGUGCUGAAACAAAUUUUAAUUAAAAACUUUAUCAAGUACUCAUCACAGUGCUCCCUAGCACAGUAGAAAUUCAGUACAAUAUAUCGAGCCCUCCUUUGGAGGAUCUGGUUUCUGAGGAAGCUCAUCCAGUUCUAAGUGUUUUCUGAAAUUCAGAGACAGAAGAUCCUUGACAGGGAUCUUUCUCCAUUACCACGAGCCAGUCACAGAACCAACUUGAAGUCAGACCUCAGUGGGCCCAAGCAGAGGCGAUCUCUCCCUUCCCCUUCCCCUUCCCCUCCCCCUCCCCCUCCCCGCAGGACUGCCCUGCCCAUUGUCAAAGUCAUCCAGCACUCUUCUGAUAGUGAGUGACUCUUCUGCACAUGUUUAGGGCUUGGGGAAGCUAGAGCACAGGAAAGAUGGAUGCAAAACCAUGGAAAAACAUUGUUUUGCUUUAGGCUAGUAAAAUAUGGGCAGGAAAGAGAUUAUUAUCAGUCUGAGCUUUGUCAAGUAAGAUAAAAGAAUCAGCUGUCGCCCCAUUCCUCUCCCAGAAGGUUUUAUAGUAUUAAGGAUGCAUCCAAUAUUUUCCCAUAGAUUUUUUUUUUUUCGGGAGACAUUCUAUAAAUUGCAUACAUGGAAAAAAAUCCAUUAUUAAAUUUCCGUGUGUGUUUCAAACAUUGGCACCUCCCUAGUUAAUCUCUGCAACAGCACCCAGAUAGAGAUUCACAGAGAUGGCUUCCCUAAAACAUAAUCCUGCACCUUUACAGUUGUUCUGUGACUUACCGUUGAUGACUUGCAAGAUUCCAAAUUCCGCAGGACUCCAGGGAGGCACAACUUUCUUCUGAUGAUUGUAUAUAAUCAGUUACAGGGCUUUAACUGCUCAUUAUUGGCUUCAUAUGUAAACACACACACACACACAUCAUGCCAACGAGGGAGUGCGGUGUUUCCAAGCGAGGCAGCAAUGACUGGAGGGCUGGAAUAAGGUGACUCUGGAAGGCUGGGUAGAGCAUCAAGAUAGAAGCUUCGCUGGUCCACGUACAGCUGCCUACCUCCGUGUCCCAAGGCGGAUCUUGGCACCCCCGUUCCCUUGCUCCCACCAAAAAAGUACUAAGUGCAAGACCUGAGCUCUCCUCCCAUAUCAGUCCUUGACAUUUCAGGAGAUUGGUCAUGAAGUACACACUCAGCAGCAACUCUCUGUCCUCUGAGGUCCUCCUUCCCACACCCCGCCUAGAUACAGACACACCGCCACGGUUUCCACAUUGGAAGGGCAGAACACUGUGCAGUAUUGUGCACGCUUGCUGGGUUAGGAAUAGGGCUGCCCUAGGGUCACCUUCAUGAACGAAUUGACAGCUACAAAUUAAAGUCCUUAGAGCAGUUGUCAUAGAUACUACUUUCAAAAAGAAUUAAAUUUAAACGUCAAGUUUAAAGGGAUCAUAAUUUUGCAGGUAUCUUUCUCUGAGUGACUGAAUGUGACUAUUGCAUUAGGGUAAAUGAAUUAAGUGCAAGUGGGAUUUACUGUAUGUUAGAAAGGAGUUUUGCAGCCAAGACUGCCUUGAAUAAAAUGUGUUUGCACUGAAAAAAAAAAAUUUUAAAUUACUUGGUCUCUGGUUGCUGUAAAGGUCAUCCAAGAUGGAUGUUCUGUUUAUAUUGUAUAGUAUUUCAUAUGAAAUAAUUACAGUUCAUGAAAUGUCUUCCCUAAUGUUACUGAUUUAUAACAGCACAUUUGUAACAUGGUUUUUAUCGUGUCAGUGUACCAUAUUGUAAAUGAUGAUUACUUGUCAUGCUUAGUAUAAUAACUUAAAAGAAAAAAAAAGGACAGGGAUUUUUGUAAGUCUAUAUUUGAAAGUCCCUCCAUAUGGUAAUAUUGUGUUCAUGUUGUUUAUGUAGUGUUGUGUGAAAUAUCCAUUUUGGAUUGUGUUACUUUUUAAGAUAUUAAAUAACAUUUGGUUAUA